AGUGCUGGGGAGGUGGGCAGGGCCGGGGCAGGGGUGAGGCCGGAGGAGGGCAAGUCGGCGGCUGGGCGAGGAUGGAAGUCCCCGGGACCCGGAGCUGAGCGACGGAGCGCGCGGCGGGCAGGCGCGCCGGAGGAAGGCGAGCUUCGCUGUUCCUCCGGGAGCCCAACACCGUUCCCGCCCGGCCACGAUGAUCCCUCCAAGCGGCGCCCGCGAGGACGGCGUAGAUGGGCUGCCCAAGGAGGCGGCGAGCGCGGAGCAGCCGCCCUCUCCUGCAUCCACCAGCAGCCAGGAAUCCAAGCUCCAGAAACUAAAACGAUCACUUUCUUUCAAGACCAAGAGUUUACGGAGCAAAAGUGCUGACAACUUCUUCCAGCGGACCAACAGCGACGCGAAGCUGCAAGCGGACAUGCAGGCCGAGGUCAGCCCCAGCUCCAGCCCCCUGCCUGCUCCAGGAAGCCUGGCGUCCACGCCCACCAGGGCUGGCCUGCACCCAGGCAGCGGCAAGGCUCACGCCUUUCAGGAACACAUUUUCAAGAAGCCCACUUUCUGCGACGUCUGCAACCACAUGAUAGUGGGAACAAAUGCUAAGCACGGACUGCGCUGCAAAGCCUGUAAGAUGAGCAUCCACCACAGGUGCACAGACGGCCUAGCACCCCAGCGGUGCAUGGGCAAGCUGCCAAAGGGGUUUCGGCGUUACUACAGCUCCCCCUUGCUCAUCCAUGAACAGUUUGGAUGCAUUAAAGAAGUUAUGCCCAUUGCCUGUGGCAAUAAGGUGGACCCUGUCUACGAGACCCUUCGCUUUGGCACUUCCCUGGCCCAGAGAACGAAGAAGGGCAGCUCUGGCAGUGGCUCUGAUUCACCUCACAGGACCUCUACUUCAGACCUUGUGGAGGUUCCUGAAGAAACUGAUGGGCCAGGAGACGGGUAUGACCUAAGGAAACGCAGCAACAGUGUGUUUACGUAUCCAGAAAAUGGCACUGACGAUUUCAAAGACCAAGCAAAGAACAUAAACCACCAGGGACCUCUUUCCAAAGACCCAUUACAGAUGAACACCUACGUUGCCUUGUACAAAUUUGUACCACAAGAAAAUGAAGACUUGGAAAUGAGGCCAGGAGACAUAAUUACUCUUCUAGAAGAUUCCAAUGAAGACUGGUGGAAAGGGAAAAUUCAAGACAGGAUCGGCUUCUUUCCAGCCAACUUUGUUCAGAGAGUACAACAAAACGAGAAGAUUUUUAGAUGUGUUAGAACCUUCAUUGGCUGUAAGGAGCAGGGGCAGAUAACACUGAAAGAGAACCAGAUCUGUGUGACUUCAGAAGAAGAACAAGACGGCUUUAUCAGAGUGCUCAGUGGAAAGAAGAGAGGCCUUGUCCCCCUCAAUGUCCUGGAAAAUGUCUGAUUGCUGACCCCUCCUCCUUGUGCAGCAGACCAGCUCUGCUGUGAUGCCGAUGCCGUCUGCUCAUCUCACUGUGUCCACCCAGAGGAGCUGUCGCACUGACCCGGCCCCCCACCCCGGAAACAGGGAGACAAGACUGGAGGAUCUGAGACUGUAGAGCAGCAGAGGGCCCAACACAAAGCGCAUCCAGGCUGCUAGAGGUGGGGAUGAGGCUGAGAUUCGGCCAGCAUACCUGGGGGGCAGCAGGGCCCUAGGCCACAGCUGCCCCAGGACUCGGCUCCUUCCCUGCCCGUGUGGUAUAAGUCAUCCGGCUGGAGGGUGCUCCAGUCUAUGGUGUGGCCCCAGCGCGAGGUUCAGUUCUGUGUAACCGAGUGUUGUUCUGGUUCCAGACCUUUGUCCCCAGUACUGCCCAAUCAGCAUCAUCACACUUCAGACUCUAAGCAGUCAGUCUCUCUGUGGAGACUCCAGCUCCCAGCGUUCCAGGGAUUAUUCCUUCUCCUCAAUCCUCCCAGCAGUCCUGGUGACGUGCAUCAGAUGUGAGGGCUGAGUUGACCUGGCACCAAUGGCAAAGAUCUGAGGGCUGCUUACAGGCAGUCCUGGCUGCUCUGGUUACCAAUAGAGGUAACCAGAUCUGAGGCACAGAUAGAAGCAGCGAGGAGCAUUGGGGGUAAGGGGGACAAAAAUCCCUUAUUUAUUGAGGAUGAUACAGUCCUUUCAGUUAUAAAGUCCUUUCCCAAAGGAUAGGGAUCUGGGAGAGAGAAUGUGGAGAAAAGCAUCCAUUUUCAUUUUAUAGCCUCUGUAUUGGGGACAGCAUUUUCCCCUUAUGCCAUCCUGGAGGAAUCUAUUUUGGAGGUGGAGCUCAUCUUGCAGGGAACCAGGAACAGGGAGGGGAACCAAUAACAGCAUAUUAGAAGAAAUUGGAACGCAUUUUUUCUUAGGUCAGUAUAUCAUACCCCAGCAGGCAUACAAUAGAAAGGAAUCCUUAAUGCUUCAUCCCUCUGAAAGCAGAGGAAUUUGGGGCCUAUUUAGCAUCAUCAAGGGGAGUCUAGAAUCUCUAUUACUCUGUACUUGUACUAAUGUUUACAAGAAUACAAUAUACUGUGAUGCCUUCCUCCUCAAGCCUCCUCCUAGCGUUCACACUUGCAUCCUAGAAGUCAUUCACAUGGUUAAACUUCAAUUCACAAUGACCUUGGAAUCAAUGUCAGUUUGGUUUAUUUUGUUACAGAGCAAUAAAAUCAUUAGAAUAAUUGGUUUUUAAAAGACUUAAGUGGAUGCAUCCUGUGCAUGUAAGCAUUAUUUCUCAAACCAAAGCAUCAUUAGUCUCCAUUUAUUUCUUUUGCUACUGCUCAGCAUGAAGUUGGGAGCUGAGAUGGGGUGGCUGCUGGUUUCACAGUAGUUUGGAUGCCUUACUCUCAUUUUAAAGCCAGCAUCCAGAGUUUCCUCCCUUUCUGAAACAACAGGCAAACCCAGGUGGAUAGAGUCAAAAUGGAUUCUUUGAAAGCCCACACAACUGCCUUUCUGUAACAGUGAAUGCCGAGUAUCAAUGCUCUUUGCCUCUAAUUGAAUUUUCCAUAUAAUAAAGACAACACAGUGGCUGGAAGGAGCAUAGAAAACAUGUGUCCUGAUCUCUUCUUUCUGGGCCAUAUCCAGGGAAUUAUUUUUAGUACAAUGGUGUCCAAUUUGCAUUUUUAAAACAUCAGUUUGCCUUUUUAAGUUGAAUGGAAGGAGACUGUAGUGUCCAGCCUCCAAGAUGGUUCCCCAUGAUACCUACCUCCUGAUGUUCUUCCUUUUGUGUAGCCUCUUCCCAGAUUGAAUCAGGGCUGAUCUCAGGUGGCCAAUGAAAUACAGUAUAGGUGAUACUACAUGACUUCAGUGUGAGGUCAAAAAAAAAAUCUUUGCAACUUCUGCCUUGAUCUUCUGGAACACUCGCUGAGACCCCAUGUAAGUUUACCUACCCUGAGGCCAUAUGCAAGAAAGACCCAGAGAAGACAGCACACCUUUCAACAGCUGAGGUCCCAGACAUCGUAUAGUAACUAUGAAUCAUCUUUGCCGAACCCUGCACACACUACAGAGUUAUGAGCAAGGUAAAUAGGGAGGAUAUUUUUUUUAGUCACCAAGUUUCAGAGUUAUUUGUUAAACAGAGACGGUGGAAUGAAUCUGACACAACUUUACUAUGUACAUAUAUGAAUACACCACAGUGAAACUCAACAUGAUGUACAUCCCCAUGACUGGGAUUAUAAUUAGAAUAAAAUAUAUGCCAUGUUUGUAUAAAUAUGUGAAAAAGACUCUACUGUCAUGUAUAAGUAAGAAGAACAAAUAAAUUUUUUUUU